AUGGCCUCAUUGACUAAAUUCCUGUUGGUGUGGACAUUGGUAGUCCAAACAAUCGCCACAGCCGUAAAUACAAGCUCUUUCUUGCCAAUCCCCAACAAACCACGAGUAUUCAUUCUCUCCGAUAUCUCUAAUGAGCCCGACGAUGCCGAGUCAUUGACCCGAUACCUCCUUUACUCCAACCAAUUCCACACGGAGGGCAUUGUCGCCGUCACCUCAACUUGA